AUGGAAAAUAUACCACGAUCACCUGAUCACCCACCGCCCCUAUCUUCCAAAAUGUACCGCUUCUUUCAAGUCGCUACUUUCCUCCUCGCAUUACUCCUUGCAACCACGCAUGGGAGAAACAUCCCAAACAGUCUCAAUAACGAUGUGUUGAAGCUUAACUCUGACUCGCCCACAGCUUUCACUACCACUGGUUCCAUCGAACGUAGAGAUUGGACUUUCAAGAUAUGGGGGACUGGCUGUAGUGAGUAUUCCAGCACUGCAAGCAUCGAACCUCGAGCUUUAUAUGUGUCGGAAACUCCCUCAUUCGCGGAUGGAUUUCCCACCACCACAAUCACGGACGCAAUGGCUACCCCAUUGGUAGCUCGUGACGAAACUGUGACAGAGGGCAGUGAUGUCUUGUACAUUCCCAAUCCACGUACCGUUGGCUUGGUUGUUGUAGCUACCAUGAGUGUUGGUGCCGGCUCAUCACCAACCAAUAAUCCAGAUUCAAAGGGCCAUGGGAAAGUUUACCCUAAGUAUUGUGGGGAUUCUACUAUCUUUGCGCAUUUGGGUUUAUGCUGA